AUGGGUCUCAAGCUCUCAAGGGGGCCUGUAAAAGAGAAAUCAGCUCUGCAACAAACGAGGGUUAACAUCCUGACUUACCUAACAACAAAUUCCUACCUACGUAACUUGGUGUCCAAGAAACGAAGGCGAUUAAUCAUCGGUGGAUAUGAUCUCGACAUGUCUUACAUCUCAGACAGAUUAUUAGCUAUGUCUUUUCCCGCUGAACGAAUGAGAGCAGUUUAUAGAAACCCUCUUUGGCAAGUCAAGUCCGUGCUCGAUAUGCGACAUCCUGAUCAUUACAAGGUCUAUAAUCUAUGUAUAGAAGAAUGUUAUGAUCCAGAAAACUUUUACGGCCGCGUGGAGAGAUUUCCAUUUGAUGACAAUCAUGUCCCAUCUCUUAAAAUGAUCCAACUUUUCUGCGAAAGUGUUCAUUCUUGGCUCUCAGCAGAUCCCAAAAACAUUGCAGUUGUGCAUUGCAUGGCAGGAAAAGGGAGAACAGGGUUAAUGGUAUCAGCGUACCUUGUCUAUGGUGGAAUGUCAGCUGAAGAAGCUCUUGAGAUGUAUGCAAGAAAAAGAACCACAAACAUGAAUGGAGUCUCUAUACCAAGCCAACGUCGUUAUGUGAAAUACUGGUCAGAUUUACUAACGUUUCGCAAAGGGAUUGGAAAUGGACCUCCAGAGGUUAGGUUACCUCAAGAACAUAGCAGAGAGUUGUUGAGAAUUAGACUUUACGAUACAGCUAGCGUUGAUUCCGUCUUCUUUGUGGUCUCAGAAUAUCAGGAGGUUCCAAAUGAGAUGUAUCCACCAUCUGUAGAACUUGCGAGAGGUUGUUGUAGGCAAUUCAAGAAAGGGCAUUGUAGGAGCUCGAGUCCGAGGUAUUACAUAUCUCACGUGAACCGUGAUUCGGAGGAAGAUGAGGUGCUAACAGAUGGAGAAGAGGCACGUCUUGUUGUUCAAAUGGAUACAGAGAGUUCCAUUAUCGACGAGAAAACAUGUCUUGAUUUCUACUUUGACAAACCUGUUAGAGUGAGUGGAGAUAUACGAAUUACAUUCUAUCAGAAAAUGAUUGGAAGCCGUCUCUUUUACACUUGCUUCAACACAGCUUUUAUAACCAAUGGCUUGCUUCAGUUUUCUAUAAAAGAGCUAGAUAAAGUUGGUGGUAAUGGAAGAUCAAUAGCUGGUCCUGAUUUUAGCUUGGAGCUGCUAUUUGGUCCAGCUACUUCCAAAUCCGGAAAGCUUCUUUCACGCGACGACCUUUGUCCCUCUUGA